AUAAAAUGUUCAAUGUGUAUGCGUUUGAUAAGAGAAGUCAUCUAGAAGACUCUGUUAAGUCACAGAAGGAGAAACAGAAGAAGAAUAUGGUCGUCCAUCGAAGGAUUAGGGAUUUGAUGGCUGAGAAUUAUCAGAGGAGAGUCAAGAAUUUUAUAAGGGAUAUGGCAGAUGGACCGGUGAGGCAGAAUGAUGAGUAUACUAACCGCCUGACCUUUUGUAGAGGGUCUAAUUAUGAGAGAGACUCUAGCUGUAAUGCUUCUAAAUUGUCUCAGACUUAUUAUAAUGACAGUGAAGCAGCCACUAAGUAUGAUAAUACUGGAAAAAUGAGGAGUCAUUCAACUAAAAUUCAUAAAACUUCGAAAUCAACUUCUGAUGGUUGGGAUGCCCCACUCAGAGAUUUUAGGUAUACUAAUUUCAGGACUGAGAAGGAAAGAAUAGCAGCUAAUAUCAAAUCUAAUCAGCAGUUUUGAGAUAGUGUACCCAGUCCUUCCAAAGAUAAAUUUGAAAAAUCACUGCGGCCUAGAGAAGAGGAUAAAGAACUUGGACCACAAUUCAGAUAUACUGCAAAAAGUGGAAUCGAGAGAGUUUACGACACCCUCAACAGCAGGAUGACUUCUGAGUUUAGGGCUAAGGACCUUGCUAACAAGUCACUAAAAUCAACAAUUCGUAACGUUCGAAAGAUGAAUAUCACAGCAAUGCCAAAGCACUUAUUGCCUAAUAUUCACAAUAAAACACACUUCAAAGCAGCUACCUCCGUCUAUUUAAGGACAGAGUUAGAAGGAUCGUUAUACAAUAAAUCUGAUUUUGGACCAAAUUCAUCUAAAAUAAAUUCUCACAAAUCUCCUCAAUCCUUGGCAGAGAAUCCUUCUAUUCUAAAAUCUGAGCAGCAUUCAGAUAGAAAGAAUAUGUCAGUGACCUUCCUGAGCAAAGCGAACUCUAAGAGAGAAAAGACAAACAACACUGUUAAUAACAAUAGUUCUUUAACUAAAACUAUCCUAGAGCAGUGCCACAUCAUCCGCUUGAAGCAUCCUAAUUCCAAGAAAUUGAACAUCAAGCACAAACUUUGAGGAGGAUAUGAAAAGACUAUCGACAAAAUCAAGAAUCUUCAGAACAAGAAACGUCGAAACUUCGACAAUAUGAGGGACAAGUUGAAUAACACGCACGCCACUGUUGACCCAGAGAUGCUUUAA